ACCAGUUGACACCAUGCAUCAGAGCUGCAGGAUGCUUCCCCAGGUGGCUGUACCAGCCCAUCAGUCUCCGCUCAGUACCUUAAGUGUUUUGGCUGUCCUUCUUUCCAUAGCACACUCUGGUGGAGGUCAGUCUCAGUUAAUCGGCCCACCUCAGCCAAUAGUGGUAACGGUUGGCAAAGACAUCAUUUUACCAUGUCACCUGGAACCUGCAGUGGAUGUUGCUGCCAAGACUUUGGAGUGGACGAGACCUGACCUGAACCCCAGAUUUGUCUUUGUGCGGCGUGCUGGUCAGGACUUCAUAGAUACUAAACAUCCAUCCUACAAAGGAAGAACAUCUCUGUUCACUGAUAAACUGAAGCGAGGAAACAUUUCACUGAAACUCUCUGAUGUGAGACCUUCUGAUGCAGGAAGAUACAGAUGCUUCAUUCCAGAUCUGAAAACAGACUCUUUUGUUGAGCUUGUCGUUGCAUCAGAUGCUGUAUCCUUGCCCAUACUCACUUUAGCAGGGAUUGAUAAAGCCACCAGUGGAGUGGUGUUACAGUGUGAGUCUGCAGGCUGGUAUCCAGAGCCUGAGGUGUUGUGGCUGGACGGUGAGGGAAAGCUCCUCUCUGCUGGACCUACAGAGACAGUCAGAGGUCCUGAUGAACUCUAUACUGUCAGCAGCAGAGUGACUGUGGAGAAGAGACACAGCAACAGCUUCACCUGUAGAGUCCAGCAGAGGAACAUCAACCAGACCAGAGAGACAUAUAUCUAUAUCUCAGAUGAUUUCUUUCAGAUUCAGUCCAGCUCUGCUGCUCCAGUUGUUACUGGUUUGGCUUUUAGUUUGGCUGUUUGCAUCCUGCUUCUGUUUGCAGUUGUGUGUAAAGGGAAACUAAACAAAAUCAAGACCAAGAAAAGCCAUAGGGAUGAAACCAAUACAGGAGAAAGGAAGAACCACCUUGAAACUAACAGAACAGAAGAUCAGUUUGGCACUAAAAAAGAACUGAAGCCUUUGGAGGGAAAGAGGCAAAAAAGGAGCAAACAUGAGGAGCAGCAGAGGAGGGAGGAGGCAGAGAGGGAGGUUCAGACCCUGAAAGAGGAGCUGGAGACCAAGAGGACUGAGUUUGAAAGUAAACUAGCUGAAGUCCAGCAACAACUGCAGAGCCUGAGGGAGGAGCUGGAGACCAAGAACAGGGAGUUGGAAGAAAGCAAAGCUGCCCUGUCCAAGUCUUUGAUAUGGGCUACAGGUUAUAAAGUAUGGAUUGAGACCUCUACUGACCUGGUGUGGUAUGGCCAGCAACCCUGGGGCACUGGAGAACAACUGCUGGUCACCAUCUACAGCAACACUGGAGAGCUAGAAGUAAGGCGAAUGCUAGCGCUUCUGAACUCUCAGAGUAAUCUCCAGGCGCAGCAGACUCACCUGGUCAGUCAGGAUUCAGCCAUGGGAAACAUCACUGUGAGUGACAUCGACCUGAAGGGCAGUUAUGUUCGUCUCAGCAACACGUCCAAUAAGGACCAACCAUUCAAAGGCUGGGAAUUACAAAUACAGGUCAACGACAGAAAACCCAUCGUGUACAAAUUUUUCUCCUCAUUCAAACUCGAGGCUGGAAACACUGUGACUAUCUGGUCUUCAGAUGAUCCUGGCAGAAACAAUCCUCCCACUGACCUGGUGUGGCAGAAACAGAAAUCCUGGGGCACUGGAAAAGAACUGCUGAUCACCGUCUACAGCAACACUGGAGAGAAUGCUGUUGCAUGGAGGCCGCGCCGCAAGUGCGCAGCGAUCAACUGUCAGGAGCAAUUGGAGAACAUGCAGGCGCAGCCAUACCAAUGGCAACCACAAUUCUUUGCCCUCGUGGAUGGAGGAGGGGGUCGAUCCGGAGUUGGAGAGACUUUGUAG